AUGGAGGACGCAAGUGGUCAAUUCUUCUUUCAAGAGGCUCCGCAUAUCAUUCGCGUUCCAGUUGAAGCCGUGCUCGACCCGCCCUCCUUGGAUAUUGAUAUGCACCUUAAAGUUGGUGUCCUUGAGCAGUUUGAAAGGAAACUUCAAAUAGACAAGCUCCUUCGCCACAUUGUCAAUAUCAAUCUGGGCCCCGUCGUACUUCAAUUUGUUGGGCGGGCUCGGCAUUUGGCUCAUAAACGCAUCUUCCCAUUGCUUCUGGGAGAGGUAACGGCAAAUGAGAAACAACUGAACUCGGAUUUCUUUGAGUUGAGGGAAGGCCUUUUGCAUAUUUCUGCCCAGCUUUACGAACUCGUUCGGUUUGCGAGGGGCGGAAGACGCUGGAAUGGUGUUGUGCCAGAGUCCAAACGCGGUCUCGAAGCGGAAUUCACACGGGUUGCUGUAGACGACUUCGAUGGAGCGACACAUAGAAAUGCAUCGGAUGUUGCAUAA